CCUGCCGAGAAAGAGCCACCUUAAGGAUCCAGUUCGACAGGCUCCCCUACUCUCCCUUUGCCUUGCCAGGAGGCAGUUUUCAUUCUAGCCAGGGACCGCUGUUGAAAUCCGGCCAGAUUUUCUACUGACCUUCUGUUCCUGCUGGUUCUUUUUCUUUUCUUUUUUUUUCCCUUUGGCGCUUUAAGACAGAUUGUAUUUCCCCCAGCCCUGUGUCCGAUGGGGGGGCUGAAGCAACCCGGACCAGUACGACCCACUGGGGAGGAAGCCUCGCGCCCCUUUCACCCGACGGAAAUGUUCUUCGCCCCGGCUGAGCCGUACCCACAACAAUAAAUAAUUUUAUUUAAAAACAAAUCCGAGGAAGAUUCCAAUAUCCGGCCAUCCCUCCCUGAGACAAGAUUUCCUCGCCCUCUUGAUCUCCCGGGGACCGGCGGCUUUUGGAGAAGUUAAAAAAGAAGCGGGGCUGGGGAGGGAAAAGAGAGUGCCCUCUCUCCUCCGGUGGGCGUCAGUUUUGGGCAAGCCCCCCAGGAUGUACCCACAAGGACGGCACCCUACUCCGCUUCAGUCUGGGCAGCCCUUCAAGUUCUCGAUUUUGGAAAUCUGCGACCGGAUUAAGGAAGAAUUCCAGUUCCUGCAGGCUCAGUAUCACAGCUUGAAGCUGGAAUGUGAGAAGCUGGCGAGUGAGAAGACGGAGAUGCAGAGACAUUAUGUCAUGUACUACGAAAUGUCCUAUGGGCUGAACAUCGAAAUGCACAAGCAGGCGGAGAUAGUGAAGCGGCUGAGUGCCAUCUGCGCCCAGAUCACCCCCUUCCUGACACAGGAGCACCAGCAGCAGGUGCUGCAGGCCGUGGAGCGGGCCAAGCAGGUGACCAUGGGGGAACUGAACAGCAUCAUUGGGGUGAGUAGCCCAGCGAGGGGGAGGGGCAGGGGGUUCUGUUCAGGCAGCGCCUCCGGCCUCCUGGCCCUGUCCGGGGCCCUGUCCGCCCAGUCUCAGCUUGCCGCAAAGGAGGACAGGGGGGCCCCGGGUGCCGAGAACAACAGAGGCAGGCAGGCGCCGCACAGGAACAUUUCCGCCUCCCCUCCCGAGAGCCUGCAGGACGAGGAGCGGCCGGGCGGCGCGGGGGUCAAGCGGAAACGGGAGGAGAAGGACCUGCCAGGACAUUACGACAGCGACGGGGAUAAGAGUGAUUAUAACCUAGUAGUGGAUGAGGAUCCGCCGUCUGAGCCCAGCAGCCCUGCCCAUGCACCCAGCGCCAAGCUCCCACCUGCCCGCAGGGACAUGCCAGAAAGCCCUGCCUCCCUGGCCUCCAGCCGGAGCACCACACCUCUCAAAGGGAAGGACCAGAGCCUGAACGAUGUCUCCGCCAACACUCCCGCCUCCAAGUCCUCCAGCUCCUCUCCACCACGGGACUCCGUAACGCCCGGCCCCAGCUCGGCCUCCCACCUCCGGCAACUUUCCUCCAAGCCGCCUGCUACCGACACCAUCACUCUGCGCAGCCCCCUGAGCGUGCCCAGCACCUACCCAGCCUCCUUCGGGGUGGUGCCUCACGCCACCCUCAAUGGGGAGCUCGCCGCACCCAGCACGUACGUGAGCAUCCACCUCUCGCCGCAAGUCAGCGGGACGGUGAUGUACGGACGGUCCCCUCUGGUGGCUUUUGAAUCCCACCCGCACCUGAGGGCGUCCACGGUCUCCUCCUCUCUGCCGGCCAUCCCCGGCGGGAAACCGGCUUCAUGGGCGCUGCUCCCGCUCCGUCCCCAGAACCGCGACAACUACAUCCGGUCCUGCAAGCUCCUCCCGGACGGGCGCAGCCUCAUCGUGGGGGGCGAGGCCAGCACCUUGUCCAUCUGGGACCUGGCCGCGCCCACCCCCCGCAUCAAGGCGGAGCUGACCUCCUCGGCGCCCGCCUGCUACGCCCUGGCCAUCAGCCCCGACGCCAAGGUCUGCUUCUCCUGCUGCAGCGACGGCAACAUCGUGGUGUGGGACCUGCAGAACCAGACCAUGGUCAGGCAGUUCCAGGGCCACACGGACGGUGCCAGCUGCAUCGAUAUCUCCAACUACGGCACCAAGCUGUGGACGGGGGGGCUGGAUAACACGGUGCGAUGCUGGGACCUGCGGGAGGGGCGCCAGCUGCAGCAACACGACUUCAGCUCCCAGAUCUUCUCGCUGGGUUACUGCCCCUCGGGGGAGUGGCUCGCCGUGGGCAUGGAGAGCAGCAACGUGGAGAUCCUGCACGUGGCCAAUCCGGACAAGUACCAGCUCCACCUGCAUGAGAGCUGCGUCCUCUCCCUCAAAUUCGCCUCCUGCGGUAAAUGGUUCGUGAGCACAGGGAAGGACAAUCUGCUGAACGCCUGGAGGACGCCCUACGGCGCCAGCAUCUUCCAGUCCAAAGAGUCCUCCUCGGUGCUCAGCUGCGACAUCUCGCUCAACGACAAGUUCAUUGUCACGGGCUCAGGCGACAAGAAGGCCACGGUCUACGAAGUGGUGUACUGAAGCGUGUGCGUGGGGGGCGCCCGGCACGCUGGCGUGGAGCAGCCCGGACCGAGCUGUGCCUUGCCCGCCACCCCUCCCCUCCCGCGGGGCAGCCUUGCCAACCACCGCUGAGGCCUGCGAACUCGCCGCACCCCAGGAUCUGGCCCCGGCCCACCACGCAGCUGCAGGGCAGCCCGAGCACCUCCUGCUGUUGUUCCCGGCUCGGCCUUGGGGCCCCCUCGCACCGUCUGCAAGGGGCAGGGCUACGAUGCCCCCGCACCCAGCCGGGGUGGAAGGGAAACAAGACGGCUCGCUUCCAUUCUGUAUCUUCCAUGGGCGCAGAUGGGGGGCAUAAAGACUCUGACCAGCUCGGCAUUGGAUGGAGAGACGGGGACCGAUCUGAC